UCUCGCUCCUGUCCUUCUUUCUUCCCUUUCUUGUGAUACCCUGAGUGUGUUUGUCUUUUCUCUCCUCUCUAUCCUAAUUCCAAUACAUACACAAUGGCUUCCGCUGCCAGAUCUUUCACCCGCGCUCUUCGCACCCCCACCGCCUCUUCCUUGAAGAGAAGCGCCACCUUCGUCCCUCGCACUACUUUUGCACAGCAGGCCCGUCGUGGUUACGCUGAUGCAGCUGGUGCCAAGAAGGGCGGCAAUGGCCUCCUCAUCGGUGGUCUCGUUGCUGCUCUUGCCGGUGGUGCUGGUUUCUACUACAUGAACGGUGCUGAGCAGGUCAAGGCCGCCGGUGUGUUCACCCCCAAGCAGGAGUACUACCAGAAGGUCUACGACAAGAUCGCUCAGCUCCUUGUUGAGCACGAUAACUACGAUGACGGCUCUUACGGACCCGUCCUUGUCCGUCUCGCCUGGCACGCCAGUGGUACCUACGACGCUGAGACCAAGACUGGUGGCAGCAACGGUGCCACCAUGAGAUUCCCUCCCGAGGGUGACCACGGUGCCAACGCCGGUCUUCACGCUGCCCGCGACUUCCUCGACCCCGUCAAGAAGGAGUUCCCCUGGAUCACCUACUCUGACCUCUGGACUCUUGCUGGUGUCGCUGCCAUCCAGGAGAUGCAAGGCCCCAAGAUUCCCUGGAGACCCGGCCGUAACGACCGUGAUGUCUCUUACUGCACUCCCGACGGCCGUCUCCCCGACGCUUCCAAGGAGCAGAAGCACCUUCGCGCCAUCUUCAACCGUAUGGGCUUCAACGAUCAGGAGAUCGUCGCUCUCUCCGGUGCCCACGCUCUCGGCCGCUGCCACACUGACCGCUCCGGUUUCUCUGGUCCCUGGACCUUCUCCCCCACCACUCUCACCAACGACUACUACAAGCUCCUCAUGGAGGAGAAGUGGGCCUACAAGAAGUGGGACGGCCCCAAGCAGUUCGAGGAUGUCUCCACCAAGUCCCUCAUGAUGCUUCCCACCGACAUGGCCCUGAUCAAGGACAAGAGCUUCAAGUCUUACGUCGAGAAGUACGCCAAGGACAACGACGCCUUCUUCAAGGACUUCUCCAACGUCGUCAUGAAGCUUUUCGAGCUCGGUGUUCCCUUCGAGACUGAGGAGCGCAUGACCUUCAAGCCUUCCGAGUAAACAAUCUUUCGAUGCCCAUAAGACCAUCAACCAAGGAAAAUAAAAAGGAGGGAAUAGAAACAUACAAUGGCCCGGAUACACUACUAGACGCUGCUUCGGCCAGAGCGCAUCACGACUACAACUACAACUACAACAAUAGACCGUGCUGGAUAGCAUCUCUUUCUCGAUGAUACCUCGAUUCCGCAUCUAAAGAAGUGGAUGCUUGAUUUUUCUGUUACUUGGGUUUUGUCUUGUUCAUUUAGCGCUCUUCUUUUCUUCUCAUCAUCAC